AUGGCUGGGGACCUCGGGGACGAAAGCUCUCCGUUGUUGGGUGAGACCGCCCAGCAAACUCCUGAUCCACCAGCCUGCUCUGCCACAACCUCCAUCUGUUCUAACGGCAAGGCCAGGGCUACGUCGUACGAGAUUUUGUCGGAAUCUACACCACUUCUUGCCCAUCGUGGUAGUGAGGGUAUUCGGUAUUUAGAUGAUCGCGACACACCAUAUUCGGCCUCUCGUGAACCAUCCCCUGGUCUGUCAUCUAAACAAUGGAAAAAAUUACGGAUCGUGCGACUGUUAUCUAUCGCAUUCAUGAGCCUUAUAUUGGCAACAAUCGUUGUUCUGGGGCUGGGGUUUGCUGCUCCUGCUGUCUUCAAACAGUAUUCUGAACAGGCUGCUGUCUUCAAAGUAACUGGCUUGUCCAUCGAUUCAUUCACACCGGAUGGAGUAAAGGCUAGAUUUCAGGGUUCUUUUGUUCUCAAUGCAUCGCAGGUGUUGACGAAAUCUGUGCGCGAUCUCGGCCGCCUAGGAACGUGGUUGGCAAGAGAAAUUGAAAGUGACGAAACUGAAGUGCAGGUGUCUCUUCCAGAAUAUGGCAAUGUUUUGCUAGGAACUGCGACUAUCCCACGGAUGACAGUCAAUGUUCGCAAUGGCCACAUGAAUAGGAUCGAGUUUAUAACAAACUUAAAUGCAGGAGAUAUAGAUGGAAUUAGAAUUGUGGCAAAUGACUGGCUUCAAGGUCGCCUUGGCCAGUUGCACAUUAAAGGGAUGGCAUCUGUGCGCCUGAGGUCCGGUAUUCUAUAUCUAGGAUCUCAUACAAUAUCGGAGUCGUUUGUUUUCCAAGACCAAGACCUUCCCGCUUUCCCAGAGUUUAACAUAACGAAACUGAACUUCCAUGAAAUCACGAACCCGGGAAACCAAAAAGCCAUGGUAGUGGACAUUUCAGUCCUUGUGCUUAAUCAAUAUCCUAUCGCCCUUGCCGUGCCCCCGAUGGGUUUCAAAAUUUCAGUACCUAACUGUUCACCUGCGGACGCUUAUAUUCCAGUGAUUAACGCGGCCACUGACCUUAUUCAAGUUAUCCCCAAUGAACCAGUGAACAUAUCCGCGAAAGGAUCUAUUGGAAGACUUCCGGAUGUUUUAACGACUGUUUGUCCCGGAACCAACUCAUCGCCUUUAGAUUCAUUGGUUGAAAACUAUAUACACGGACUCAAGUCAAAAGUUUACAUUCGUGGAGGGAAAUCCCCCUCAUCAACCUUACCGAGUUGGAUGGAAGGCUUCUUGAACAACGUUACCAUCCCUGUGCCUUUCUCCGGACAUGCUCUUGGCCACUUAGUUCGGAAUUUCUCCAUGACAAAUGUCUAUUUUUCCCUACCUGAACCAUUUGCCGAACCGGACACACCUGAAGCGCAAAUGAGGGUUUCAGCGUUGGUCAAAGCAGUAGUAAACCUCCCUAGUGAGAUGAAUUUUCCUUUAAAUAUCUCUCGCGUUCGGUCUACUGCGUUUAUUUAUUACCAAGGAAAAGAACUUGGAUAUAUCAACUUAAAGAAGUGGCAACAAGCUCAUGCAACUCGCAUCGACAACGAAACCACCCCAUCUUCAGCGUUGCUCCUCGAGUUCGAUAUCGAAAAAGCACCACUACAAAUUACUGAUGGAGAUACUUUUACGGACGUUGUGCAGGCAUUACUAUUUCAACACAAGCCUAUUCCUUUACAUGUGAAGGCCAAGGUGGAUGCUGAAACCGUCACUGCCCUAGGACAAUUCGUUAUUCGUGAUAUCCCAGCCAGUGGUAACAUCACUGUUAAGCCACCGACAAGCAGAGGAUUGAUUGAUCUCAAAGUAGGCAUGGACGCUUUAAAAAUAGUGGAAACUACAGAAUCAUCUGUACUUCUUGAAGCAAAUCUAAACCUGACGAACCCGACUAAUUAUUCUGUUAUCGUCCCUUACGUUAAUCUGCUAAUUGCUCAUAAUGGCACAAACGUGGGCGAUGUCACUGCUCAAAAUCUAUCGAUAUCUCCAGGGCUCAAUGCCGGCAUUAAAGUAAAUGCUCUCUGGAAUCCAUUGCAGCUAGCUGGAGAUGACGGAGUUGCUGCAGGACGAGAUAUGAUAUCACGUUAUAUUUCCGGUUUCAAUACGUCUAUCACUCUCAAGUCACACAAAGGCACGAUUCCCGCGGUCCCUACAUUUGGUCUAGCAUUAUCCCCUCUGGAGCUUAACAUUCCGGUUCCUCAAUUCGGAGUUCCAGGAGAGGAUGAUCGCAAUCCAGGCGAUCAUGGUCGAUCGCAUUUCAUCAAAGAUGCAACGUUGCACUUGUGGACUUCGACGGCAGUAUUCACACUAGCCUCGCCGUUAUCAUCAACCACACUUCUUAUUACCUGCAUUGAUGCAACGGCCUUCUACAAUCACAGUGAGCCGGCAGGGACCAUCAAGUAUGACCUACCAUUUGCGGUGCUGCCAGGAAUAUCUCAAACUCCUCGACUGCCGGUGGACCUGAAUUUUGGAGGUGCAGGAUACGAAGCAAUUCGCCAGGCGUUGGGAGGGACAUUGAAAAUGGAUGCUGUCGCUGACGUUUGUGUUCAGCUUGGAGAGUAUUCGAAUGAAGUGUCCUACAAAGGUAUGGGGAUUAGCGCAAAGAUUCGGAUAUAG